AUGGGUUUGGUGUUCGCUCCAAAACCCCACACUUUGAUUCUCAAAGCACCUUCUUCUUUUCUCUUUCGUCCUCUCAAAUUCCACUCUAAGAUUCAAUGCGAGCUUGAAGGGAAACUCAAUGGUUCUCUUUCUGGUGAUUUUGAUGCUCGCUUCCUUGAUAGGCAAAAGGCACUGGAAGCAGCAAUGAAUGAUAUAAACAACUCUUUUGGAAAAGGUAGUGUUACCAGACUGGGCAGUGCUGGUGGAGCUUUGGUUGAAACUUUUCCUAGUGGCUGUUUGGCUUUAGACUUUGCUUUGGGUGGUGGUCUUCCAAAAGGAAGAAUUGUAGAGAUAUUUGGACCAGAAAGCAGUGGGAAGACCACCCUAGCACUUCAUGCUAUUGCAGAAGUACAGAAGUUAGGAGGCAAUGCAAUGCUUGUUGAUGCGGAGCAUGCUUUUGAUCCAGCAUAUUCUAAAGCAUUAGGGGUGGAUGUAGAAAAUUUAAUCGUGUGCCAACCAGAUCAUGGAGAGAUGGCUCUUGAGAUCGCAGAUCGUAUGUGUAGAUCUGGUGCCAUAGAUCUCAUUUGCGUGGACUCCGUCUCAGCUCUCACUCCCCGAGCAGAAGUUGAAGGUGAGAUUGGAAUGCAACAAAUGGGGUUGCAAGCUCGCCUUAUGAGCCAAGCUUUGCGUAAGAUGUCUGGAAAUGCCUCUAAAGCUGGUUGUACUCUUAUAUUUUUGAACCAAAUAAGAUAUAAGAUUGGUGUCUAUUAUGGAAAUCCAGAAGUGACAAGUGGUGGAAUUGCAUUGAAGUUUUUUGCUUCAGUUCGGUUAGAAGUUCGCCCUAUAGGGAAGAUAAAAUCUGCCAAAGGAGAUGAAGAAAUUGGCCUUAAAGUUCGGGUAAGAGUGCAAAAGAGCAAGGUGUCAAGGCCUUACAAAGUAGCUGAAUUUGAUAUUUCAUUUGGGGAGGGUGUCAAUAAGCUGGGCUGUAUUUUAGAUUGUGCAGAAAUGAUGAAUAUCGUCUUAAAGAAGGGCUCUUGGUACAGUUAUGGGGACCAUCGUUUAGGACAGGGAAGGGACAAAACACUGCAGUACUUAAAGGAGAAUACACAUCUACUAGAAGAAGUUGAAAAGGUUGUUCGGUCUUCAAUGAAUGAUGGAACUAACCAAACAAGCUUUGCAAACAUGAAAAAUUGUCCCGUGCUUCAUCAAGAGGAAGAUGUGUUUGAGGAAAGUCUAUGAAGAGGAAGUUAUUUUGUCUCUGAUAUGUUAGGGUGAUAGAUUCCCGGUUUUGAGGUUGAAAUAUUCUUGCUUCACCACAAAUGGAAUAGGAGGUGGAUUUGAUGAUCUAGAUUAAAAGAUUAUGUAUUGUUUUGUACCGUUCCAUUGGUAAAUGUAAUCGAAAUAGAUGAAAUGAAUUAUUGUUUUUAAAUUAAAUGGGGUUUGAAUUAUUGUUUUUUCUUUUCAAUGUUAUAUAAACCAGUUCCAUCUAAGUCGCACUUUAGAUCAGAAUGAAAUGUGUAGGAGUUUUGCUUUGGUUGCACUA